UUAGAAUGCCGCUGUAUACCAGCGGAUGUUACAAAUCUUAGAAUCAGGAGUCUGGGGCCUAUAUAAGCAAGGUGCCCUUUCUCCUCAUCCUGCUCUCUUAACGCUAUCAUCUCAGCAUGUCUGGAAGAAAUUGCAAGAAGAUUCUCAUUCUGGGUGCUACAGGCCCCACGGGUAUCUUGACAGUUCACACAGCAUUGGAACAUAAUCAUACCGUCACUAUAUACGCUCGCAAUCCUUCUAAACUCCCCGCGAGUAUUUCCAGUAACCCAAACGUCAGAAUAAUUCGUGGGGACCUGACCGAGGCAGAAGCAUUAUCCAAAGCAGUCGAAGGCCAAGAUGCCAUCGUAUCACUACUUGGCCCUAGUACUGGGAAUGUUGCUGGCAACCCCUUUACAGACGCCUAUCAGUUGAUUUUUUCCUUAAUGAAGCGAUGGGAAGUCAAACGAAUCCUUGCAAUGGGUACUUCGAGUAUUCCUGAUGAGCAUGACGGAUUCUCAAUCAUCGCUUUCUUAGGUGUCGCUUUGAUUCGGAUAAUUGCCAAUUCUGUCUAUAAGGAGAUCGUCGGCGUUGGGAAGAUCUUUGAAACAGAGGCUACGAAAGAUGGAUUGGAUUGGACUAUCUUCCGGUUGGGGUUCUUGAGCAAUGGUGCACCGCAAACACCUAAAGUUGGAUAUGUCGGAAAGGAUGGUUGGGUGAUAAAAACCCAAAGAGCAGAUAUUGCAACUUGGUUGGUCGAUGAGGUUGAGAAGAACAACUCUGAGUGGAUCAGAAAGAAGCCCUCGGUCUGGUCAUGACUAAGGGGGAAAAAAAAUUCCCUGGAAACUUCUUGAACCGACAUACGCCUGAGGCAAGGCGUAUUCCGGAGGUACAGAUACUAGAGGAAUGCCAAUGUAUAGCCAGGCCCUGAAGAGCUAGAUAAGGCCCUAGAGGUUGGAUACAGCCAUUUUGAGUAAGGCUCAAGUUUCGCGUCCUGAAUUGCUGUUGUGUUUUGUGACUGAUGCUUGCUACACUGUUUUCAAUCAGGAAAGGAGGAGCCGUACGAUAGGCGCGCAAGGACCUAUCGGCGGAUAUGACCUGCUCUACUGUAGGACCUUUCCUAUCAUAGGAUGGGACGCGUCCCACAGAAAAAUAGGAAGGACAGGAUAUAUAAGGCCACUCAUUCACAUACAUGUAUUUAAUUCUUUAUAAUUAAUUAACCUAAGUUACUAUAGG